AUGAGUUCCUCCGUGAAUGCCACCUGCCCCGCCAGCGCCGUCUCCACUGUGACCUUGUUGUGCUGCACCUGCGAGUGUUCGCGGUACUUUGUGUCAUGCCCGGCGUUCGGCGGCAGGAAAAUAGCCUGGUCGAAUGACACGCCAACGCUGAUGCCGCACGGCGGUGCUGCUGCUGCUGCUGCUGCUGCUGUUCCCUUCGACGACUCCGGGGUGCUUGUAAUAAGUCGUCCUACGCAAGACGCAGAGGUGCCAAAGAAUGCACCCGUGACGCUGCAGCGGUUGGAGUGCAUCACAAGCCACGUAUCCUCUUCCUGCUCCUCCUGUUCUUCAUGA